CUGGGCACUCCCCCUGUUCGAUUCAUCUCUUUACAGGGUUCCCGUCUGUCUUGCAAGUAAUACUUGAUCAACCCAGCAAAAUAUUCAACACAACCAAGAGAAAGUGAAAAUACCAGCCCCUCUACUGCUUCAAUGAAUCAAUCCGAGCAACGCGACCCUGACUCAAUAGACUCCUACACGGUCGCAUGGAUAUGUGCCUUGGAAGAGGAGUAUUUCUGUGCAUGCCGUAUGCUAGACGAAGAAUUCAAUGGACCGGAAAUAAGCGAAGACAACGACGAUAACACAUACGUCUACGGUCGUAUCGCGAAGCAUCAUGUGGUGAUUGGGUGUCUCCCAGCUGGUCGAUAUGGCACCAACUCAGCCGCUCGUGUUGCCCGAGAUAUGGUCCGGACCUUUUCACGCCUGCGGUUCGCAUUAAUGGUGGGAAUCGGAGGCGGUGCACCAAGUCUCCGAAAUGACAUACGACUGGGUGAUGUUGUCGUCAGUCAACCAAGAGAUGGAUUUGGCGGUGUGAUCCAAUAUGAUUUGGGCAAGUUGAAAGAUGGAUAUUUUCAGAAAACAAGUCAAUUGAAUGCACCGCCUGAGAAACUGCUGGGAGUUAUUCCAGAGAUACGCCGAUUGCACAGUGAUAAAAAGAAGCCAGAUAGACUUGCAGAACAUCUCCAACUUCUUGAUGACAUGGAAGAUUAUCAAAAGCCGGCUAUUGACCGGCUUUACGCUGCAGACUAUUCACAUGUGGGUGGACCAGAUUGCGAUAAAUGUGACUUAAAGGCAAAAGUGAACCGCUUCGAACGCCAGAGCCACCGUAUCCUCCAUGUCCACUACGGAACUAUUGCAUCAGGAAAUUCUGUUCUCAAGGAUGCCAAAGUGCGGGAUAAAUACGCCCAGGACCCAGAAUUGAAUAUUCUUUGCUUUGAGAUGGAAGCAGCAGGUCUCAUGAAUAACAUCCCAUGUCUGGUCAUUCGUGGCAUCUGUGAUUAUUGUGACUCUCACAAGAAUGAUGACUGGCAUAAUUAUGCUGCUCUUGUUGCUGCUGCUUAUGCACGAGAUCUCCUGCUGGUUCUACGGCCGCAACGUGUGGAUGCCAUGCGCCCUUGGGCCGAGCGCGUAGCUCAAGAACUUCAACAAGUUACUCAGGAGUUGAGCGAUCUCAAUAACAAUCAAAGAAAUACCCUGACAGCAAUUAAACGUGUGUAUCAGAAAAUUGGGGUUGAUAAGUUGCCAGCUGUUCAGGAGGCCGAGUUUGACUCAUUCUCUGAUCGAGACGAAGUUGAAUGUCUUCAAGGCACGAGGACCGAGCUCCUGGAGCAGAUAAUGGGAUGGGCCAAGUCACCUUCUCAAAAAAGCAUUUAUUGGCUAAAUGGAAUGGCUGGGACAGGAAAAUCUACAAUAUCUCGGACGGUGGCAAGGUCGCUUAAGGGUACCAACCAUCUAGGUGCCAGCUUCUUCUUCAAGAGGGGUGAAGGAGACCGAGGGAACGCGAAAAAGUUUUUCCCAACAUUAACCAGACAACUCAUGUUUAAGAUUUCUGGGCUGCGGUCUAGAGUGCAAAAGACACUUGAUCAUGAUCCUGACAUUGCGUCAAAAUCACUUAGGGAGCAAUUUGAGAAACUACUCUUUCAACCACUUCGCAAUCUUGACCAACUCGACCGACAAUCUGAAACUACUGUGAUAGUGAUUGAUGCUUUAGAUGAAUGUGAACAUGAUCAAGAUGUCCAAAACAUCAUUCGAUUAAUGUCUCUUCUACAGAAGACAAGCACGGUUCACUUUCGAAUCUUCUUGACCAGCCGGCCUGAACUCCCAAUCAACCUCGGGUUUUCAGAGAUCACGGAUCAUACAUAUCAAGAUUUUGCUCUUCAUGAGAUACCCGAAGAAGUAACAGAACACGACAUACAACUUUUCCUACAAGAACGAUUUACGAAGAUUAAACGUGACCGAAAGAUUUCCCAAGACUGGCCUAGCAAUAAUGUCAUUCAGGAACUAGUCAAAAUAUCUGUUCCACUAUUCAUUUCAGCUGCCACUGUGUGCCGCUACAUCGAAAAUUCAAGAUGUGAACCAAUAUCACGCCUCGCAGAGCUUCUGAAGGAUCAAACCAAAUAUGUCUCGAGAAUGAAUAAGAUAUACCUGCCAAUUCUGACACAACUCCUCGGUGAUCAAGAGAGUGAUGAGUCAGAGCAGCAGCAGCUUCUACAAGAGUUCCAGGACAUUGUGGGCGUUAUUAUUCUUCUUGCUGUUCCUCUUUCUAGAGGAACACUAUCAAAAUUUCUUGGAAUAGGAGCAGACCUGAUUAUCAACCAAUUAGAUUUAUUCCGAUCGGUUUUAAGCGUUCCCGAUGACCCCGAUCAGCCUGUUAGAAUCCUACAUCUAUCAUUUCGAGAAUUUUUGGUCCAGUCUGAAACCAAGUUUCAUGUGAAUGAGCAAGAAAAGAACAGGGACAUUGCGAAGUCCUGUCUCCAAAUUAUGCAGAGUCAUCUACGGAGAGAUAUCUGCAACCUAGCAGACCCUGGGGCGCUUAGGGCAGACAUUAACCCUCAACAUAUCCGCCAGUAUCUGCCACCAGAAUUGCAAUACUCCUGUCGCUACUGGAUACACCAUCUCAAAUACGGCCAGGCUUCAUCCAACAGAAAAGAUGUGUUAAUAUUCCUCCGGAAGCAUUUUCUCCACUGGAUGGAAGCAAUGAGUCUGCUAGGUCUUAUAUCAGAGGUGGUGGGUAUGCUUAAUCUUCUCCACACAUUUAUACCAAGUAUUGAUGAUGAUGAUUCUGUUUUAACAGACUUUCUACAUGAUGCAAAGCGGUUUGUCCUGAAAAAUCGCCAGAUAGCAGAUAAAGCACCGCUUCAGAUUUAUUAUGCAGGGCUGGUAUUUACACCUCGAUCGGCAGUAAUCCGUCGAGAGUUCCAGUCAGAGCUUCCUACUUGGAUCAGCCAGUUUCCACAAGUCAACGAGACCUGGAGUGCAGAAUUGCAGACCCUCGAGGGCCAUACAGGCUCAGUUUACUCGGUGGCCUUCUCACCCAAUGGCCAGCUGCUGGCGUCCGGCUCGGAUGAUAAGACAGUGCGGCUCUGGGAUUCAGCCACAGGCGCCCUACAACAGACCCUCGAGGGUCAUACAGGCUCAGUUUACUCGGUAACCUUCUCACCCAAUGGCCAGCUGCUGGCGUCCGGCUCGGAUGAUAAGACAGUGCGGCUCUGGGAUCCAGCCACAGGCGCCCUACAACAGACCCUUGAGGGCCAUACACGCUUGGUUUGCUCGGUGGCCUUCUCACCCAAUGGCCAGCUGCUGGCGUCCAGCUCGUAUGAUAAGACAGUGUGGCUCUGGGAUCCAGCCACGGGCGCCCUACAACAGACCCUUGAGGGUCAUACAAGCUCGGUUAGCUCAGUGGCCUUCUCACCCAAUGGCCAGCUGCUGGCGUCCGGCUCGGAUGAUGAAACAGUGCGGCUCUGGGAUCCAGCCACAGGCGCCCUACAACAGACCCUUGAGGGCCAUACAAGCUCAGUUAGCUCAGUGGCCUUCUCACCCAAUGGCCAGCUGCUGGCGUCCGGCUCGGAUGAUGAAACAGUGCGGCUCUGGGAUCCAGCCACAGGCGCCCUACAACAGACCCUUGAGGGCCAUACAGGCUUGGUUUACUCAGUGGCCUUCUCACCCAAUGGCCAGCUGCUGGCGUCUGGCUCGCAUGAUGAAACAGUGCGGCUCUGGGAUCCAGCCACAGGCGCCCUACAACAGACCCUCAAGGGCCAUACAAGCUCAGUUUACUCAGUGGCCUUCUCACCCAAUGGCCAGCUGCUGGCGUCCGGCUCGGAUGAUGAAACAGUGCGGCUCUGGGAUCCAGCCACAGGCGCCCUACAACAGACCCUUGAGGGCCAUACAGGCUUGGUUUACUCAGUGGCCUUCUCACCCAAUGGCCAGCUGCUGGCGUCUGGCUCGCAUGAUGAAACAGUGCGGCUCUGGGAUCCAGCCACAGGCGCCCUACAACAGACCCUUAAGGGUCAUACAAGCUCGGUUAGCUCAGUGGCCUUCUCACCCAAUGGCCAGCUGCUG